AUGGACGACAUGCAGGACAUGUCUAGCCCCAAGCACAACGGCGUCAUCUGCCAAUGUUACGAUGAAACCUUCAACAGCUACUACCAGCAUGAUAAGAGUCUCAGUGGUGGUGGCCAAGGUAUUGUUGAGCUCGCCAAAGUCAAGGCUACUGGUAAGAUUGUUGUCGUCAAGAAGCUGAAACUCCCUCCCAACGCUGAUCUCAACACUGUCCCUGAACUUGUUCUUCUCGACCGUGUCCAAAAGCUCGGUUCUCAUGAUAACAUCCUCCCUUUUCUGCAGAUUUGGAACACUUUUGCUUCCGCUCCUGGUGAGUGCCCUACAAGCAGAAUCAUCCUCCCCUACGUCUCCGGCGGUGAUCUCAACACUCUCAAGAUCUCUUUCACCAAGAUGAACGUCAAAGUUCCUGAAGCCUUCCUCUGGCACGCUUACACGUCUAUGCUGACUGGUUUCGGUUAUCUUCAUGAACAUGGUAUAACUCAUCGCGACAUUAAGCCCGAGAACAUCAUGGUUGAUCCCGUUCAUUCUGGAGACCCGGCUCUCUUCCCCACCCUCAAAAUCAUCGACUUCGGUAUUGCAGCCGAAACCACUGAAGACCAUGAGUCGAUGGACGGCACUCCUAAAUGGCAGCCCCCAGAGGCCCCUGUCGCUGGCACAAAAGCUGACGUUUGGGCUAUAGGUGCCGUCAUCCACUUCCUCGCUACCGGUUUCGCAACGAAAGCUGAUCGUCCUCCAUCCAUGCCCCAGCAUGAAAUUACUGAUUAUUACCGCAACGCUCGUCCUUACAUUCGUCGUCUCGUCGAAAAUGAUCAUCUCGACUUCGAUGUAAGUGCUCUUACUCUUGGUGAAGCUCAAGAGAUGACUUUCAACUCUCCUAACCGUCUGCCUCGUCGUGGCUACUCUGCUCUGAUUGAGUACUACAUGAUGCGCACUCUUGACCUCAACCACCACACUAGAAUCACCAUUCCUAGACUGAACUCAACUCUUCCUGAUGAUGCUGACAAGCAGAUUCAAUUCUACAAGGCUUGGUUCCGUCAUUGCAAGAUCGAAGGUAGUCAACGCCCUAUCCUCACUUUCUCCAUGGUUGAACCUCCUACUGCCUGGGCCCCACCUAACACUACUGGUUAG